AUGCAAUUUCUUCAUCCAAGCAUCUUUUUCUCAUUCUUGUUCUCAACAAUCAUCCUAAAUCAAAUCCCAACAUCUAAUGCUGACGACCUGCAGCAGUACGAAAAAUGCAGUUCUUCAUUUGAUUGUGCAAAUAUAAAAAACUUGACAUAUCCUUUCUGGAGGUCGAGUAGGCCGCAGUACUGUGGCCACCCGAAUUUUGAGCUACAAUGCAACGAUGAAUUUGCAACCAUUACCAUCAUGGCACAAAAUUAUAGAAUUCUUGAAGUCGUUGAUUCUGUUCAUACACUCAAAGUUGUAAGAACUGAUUACUGGAACAACGUUUGUCCAACCAAUCGUAAGAACACAACGUUAGGUCGAACUUUCUUUGAUUACGGUUCGGAUUCCCGGAACCUGACACUCUACUAUGAUUGUUCUUACACUCCAUUUACUCUACCAGAUAGUUUUUCUCCCCAGUUUAAUUGUAGUAUAAAUGGAACUCAAAUGGUUAACUAUUUUUUGUUGGAGAGUAAUCUUGAGAACGGUGAGAGUUCAGUUUCUAAAUCAAUUGGAACAUGCAAAUCUAGAGUGAUUGUUCCAAUUUUGGAGUCAGAAGCUGAAAAGGUAGUGACAAAUUCAAGUGUGGAGAAUUUAAAGGGUGCUAUUGAUAAUGGUUUUGAAGUGGAAUGGAAUGUGAAUAAUAGUUUGUGUCAUGAGUGUCAAAGCUCUAGUGGACACUGUGGUUAUGAUCCAAGCUCAAAGGAUUUCACAUGCUUUUGUAAAGAUGGAUCCUUUCCACAUUCAUGUAGAUCAGGUAAGUACCUGUAG